AGAGAGAGAGAAGGGAUUCCUGGCCGGGUUCCAGGUCGGCGCACUAAUACAAGCUGCGAGGCUCCCGCCUGACUGACGCCGGCGGAGGCUGCCUGCUCGCUCGCUCGCUGCUGCUUUCGCGCUGGCCCCUGCCGCCGCCGGGUUACUGCCGCCGCGUCCCUUUGCAUGAAUUGUCCGAUACUGGAAGACACAUGCGAUGAAAUAUCUCUAACACCACCUAGGAUAUGUGUGGACGAGCCUGAUUUUGAAAGCAGCUUUCCCCCCAGUGCCGAAAUUUGGGCCUCAUUUUUUUUUUUAAAGAAAGCUACAUAUCUGGGGUCUCGCUUUGCAAUCAUACGUAUUAUCUCCAAUUCAUAUGCACUCCAGCACCUCGAUCAGUUCUUUGUUCUCCUUCACCAGCCCGGCUGUGAAGAGACUGCUGGGCUGGAAGCAAGGAGAUGAAGAGGAGAAGUGGGCAGAAAAGGCUGUUGACUCCUUGGUGAAGAAGCUAAAGAAGAAGAAGGGAGCCAUGGAGGAACUGGAGAGGGCACUCAGCUGCCCCGGGCAGCCCAGCAAGUGUGUGACAAUCCCGCGGUCUUUGGAUGGGCGGUUGCAAGUGUCUCAUCGCAAAGGGCUGCCCCAUGUCAUCUACUGCAGAGUGUGGCGCUGGCCUGACUUGCAGUCUCACCAUGAACUGAAAGCGCUGGAAUGUUGCGAGUUCCCGUUUGGCUCAAAGCAGAAAGAAGUGUGCAUUAAUCCUUACCAUUAUCGACGUGUGGAGACCCCAGUGUUGCCUCCUGUUCUGGUUCCAAGACAUAGUGAGUUCAACCCUCACCUCAGCCUCCUUGCCAAAUUCCGGAAUGCGUCUCUUCACAGUGAGCCACUGAUGCCUCAUAACGCGACCUACCCUGAUUCUUUCCAGCAUCCUCCAUGCCCCCCUCUCCCAGCGUCCCCCCACAUGUUCUCUCAGUCCCCUAGCAGCAUGAGCUACGCUGACUCCCCCGGAAGUUCCUCUACACCAGGAAGUCCUUAUCAACUUACAGUCGAAACGCCACCUCCGCCUUACAACAUGAGAGAAACGCCCGGAAACCACCAUGGACGCUCUAUACAUGCAACCGCAGAGAAUCAGUUAGUCCUGUCAUUGCCCAAUGGAGGUAAAUCUGCCGAUGGAGAACCUGAAAACUUCCGGCCCGUUUGCUAUGAGGAGCCGCAGCACUGGUGUUCGGUGGCGUACUAUGAACUCAACAACAGAGUUGGAGAGACUUUCCAGGCCUCUUCGCGAAGCAUACUGAUAGAUGGCUUUACAGAUCCAUCGAACAAUAAGAACAGGUUCUGCCUUGGGCUGCUGUCUAACGUGAACAGGAAUUCCACUAUAGAAAACACCAGGAGGCACAUAGGAAAGGGUGUCCACCUGUAUUACGUGGGGGGAGAGGUGUACGCAGAGUGCGUGAGCGACAGCAGCAUCUUUGUACAGAGCCGCAACUGCAACUACCAGCACGGCUUCCACCCUGCCACCGUCUGCAAGAUUCCCAGCGGCUGCAGCCUGAAGAUUUUCAACAACCAACUCUUUGCCCAGUUGCUGGCCCAGUCCGUGAACCACGGCUUCGAGGUGGUGUAUGAGCUGACCAAGAUGUGCACCAUCCGAAUGAGCUUCGUCAAAGGCUGGGGAGCGGAGUAUCAUCGGCAGGAUGUCACGAGUACUCCAUGCUGGAUCGAGAUCCACCUGCAUGGACCAUUGCAAUGGCUAGAUAAGGUGCUGACGCAGAUGGGUUCACCUCAUAACCCAAUCUCCUCCGUUUCUUAAGAAUCCUCUACCAACCACCUAUGGGAUGCAGAACUUUCUCACCUUGCAGCCAACCUAAAUUUCUGUAUGUAGCUGUAAAUAUAUGAAGGUUUAUGUAUAUAGUAUAUUGUUGGUGGAUUUUUGUCAUGCUAUGUUCAGUGUUUUUUCAGUUCAUAAGAUGGUUGUAUGAUCCGUUGUGUUGCUUCCUGCUGACAAAGGUAUUGAUGUUUGGGUUUAGCAGGCCAGUUUGUGGUUAAUGGAAUAAGACCAGUGUUAUUUGUAUUCUAAAUAAAUAAAUAAAUAGAUA